GCGGCCUCGCCCAGCGGCCCGACGCCCAGCCGGCCGCGCUUCCAGACCCCAGGGCGAGGACCGAGGACCCCGGCCCGGGUGGGAGCGCCCUUGGAGCGAUGCAACAGGUGCGGCCCACGCCCCGUGCCCGGCCAGAAGCGGGAGACCCUCACCGCAACAUGGCGACCGGCACCGGCACCUGCCCCUGCCUCCUCUUCAAGCAAAAGGCAGAAUGGUUUUUUGUAUUAAAGCACGUUUUCAGCAUGAAAUAAAAGUCUGAAAAUCCACCUAAGUUUAAAAACUAUACAGUGAGCAGGCUGCUCCAGCUGGCCGUGCUCUGAGAUCAGGAUUGUGCAACCAACCAACCGAUUCGCAGACACGCAGAGAUGGAUGACACGCUGUCUGUGCCUAUACCCACCCUUCAUCCACUGCCCUGCUCCUGCACAGCCCCCAGGUGCUUUGCCUGCAGGAGCUGUGGCCUCCCGCCCGCUGGGGUGUGAGAACAGAUCGUAUUUACGUUGUCACAGGCAACGGACCAUAGGACACAGGUCUUCCGGUGUGCCGGCAAUGGCAUGUGGGUGAGCUGCGAGGGUAAGGAAACGUGCAGAUCCGAGCUGCUGUCUUCAACAUCCUCAUUUCAAGAAAGGAAGCUUCAAAACAAGAAGGGUGUAUCCACAGAAGCACUGAAACUACAAAACCUCAGGAGAACUUGAAAGUUCACCCACACCGCCUCCACCCCCUGAAAAGCCGAGCAGCCUUCGUCUUCUCCUUCCAGACACGUUUGUCUGGCCAGAAGUGAGUUUUGUACCACGGAUUUCUGCCAGGCAGAACCGAGCUGUGACCAGCUGUCUGCCGCACAGUGACAUCCUGGGUCAGUGCUCCGUGGGACAGACUUGAUGUGCUUAUGCAAAGAACAGCUUUAAGGACGAAUUCAGCAGUGGAUGUGCAUCUGUGACACAGCCUUGUCCCCUGCAGACAAGAGGCAGAGCAUCCUCCAGGGGAAGCACUAGUGAGACCAGUUUAACAAGGCAGACAACUUUCCUGCUGGAUCCACUGCUGAAAUACUGCCAGUCCUUUGGUCCUCUGGUCCAGCCCCCUCCAUCAAGACUGGUGCCCUGAGUACCGUAUCCUAAUUCACUGUGUCAAUGUAGAGCCUGCACCUGCAUUUCACAAGUGAUGGCUUUUUUGAGCCACCUAACCUCACUGCUCCUUUUAAAGCAGCGCAGCGUUUAGAAAUCGGAGUGUUCUCCUUUCUAGUCAGCUCAUUUUAAAUUUCACAUCAGCAGUGAACAGCUCAGCGCCCAGUGUAACUUUGCCAGAUAAUCCAUUUCCAGCCUGUUUGAUGCUUGGAUUCUCAGGAGCUAAUUGGCACCUGCAAAGUGUGUGUCUGCUCUGCUUUCAGACAUUAAACUGCUCUCAUUAGUUCUGUAAAAAAACAUGUACAAAAACAUUUAUCUGUAUUUUGGCUAUUUCACUCCUCCUCCUUUUAGUUAUUCUUAGUGCAAGUCGAUCUGGCAGUGCAUCUUUAGACUGCACAAUCUCUGAUCUCUGGGAGCCAAAGAACAGACGGUGCCCACUGCCCUUUCACUGCCCACGCCACGGCCCCCUCUGCAGAUCCCACUUUGCAGCAGUGAUGCGAGAUGGAUCCUUUACCUGGCAAGUGGCUCAUCUUUUCCAUGCAUAACAGAUACAUGGUUUUAUUGGGGUGUUUUUUUUGCUCUCUUCUUCUUUAAGGGAAAAAAAAAAAACAAAAAACCCAACCAACACAGAGCUCCUCUAAAAGGAAAGAGGAAGCCAGAAAUGUCGCAGCAUCUCAGUCCUGCCCCAUGAUGCUUCUUCCUGCCUGUGAAUUUCCACCUGCUGUUCUGCACUAUAUAAGGCAGCACACGUGGGGUAGAACUGUUUAGUCGCCUGCGCCCGCCCAAAGGAUUAGCAGCAGGGGAACGAUGCUGCCUGCCUUGUCCUCUGCAGCCCACAGGAGGUGAAGGAGCUCCAGCGGGACUCGCUCCUUGGGCAAACAAAAGGACCUGAGGAACCAGACAGUGCAGAGCUCCUGCGAUUAAACUCCUAAUGAAAGUGCUAAGCAGCUGUAAUACCUCAAAGACACUAAAUGCUGGAAACAUGGAGAGUUUGAUUGAAUGCCCAUCAGAGGCUGAUGCCAAGAAAUGCCCCCUGUUGGGCCCAGCUGACACUGAGGAUGGACUUUGCCAGUCGGCGGCAGAUGGAACAAAGAAAAGAAAGAAGGUGAUAUCGUGGCCAUUUGCUCUGAGACGCACCUCCACCAGCGGGGAUUCCCCGGGGCAGCUGGACCCUGGCCUCAAGAUCACUUUGUUUGGCCAACCUCUGGCAAUUAUUUGUGGGGAAGACGACACUCUGCCCCAGCCAGUCCAGGAUCUCCUAACCAUAUUGUACAUGAAAGGACCUUCAACUGAAGGGAUAUUCAGAAAAGCUGCCAAUGAGAAAGCACGCAAGGAGCUGAAGGAGGAUCUAAACAAAGGCGGGAAUGUUGAUUUGGGAAGCAAAACUGUGCAUCUACUGGCAGUGGUUUUGAAGGACUUUCUCCGAAAUAUUCCCUCCAAACUUCUGUCAGAUGACCUGUAUGACAAGUGGAUGCUAGCUCUGGAGAAGCCAAGCAAGCAAGAAAAAAUUGAAGAACUGAAAGAGGUGGCUGACAAACUGCCCAGACCAAACCUGGUCUUGCUCAAGCACUUGCUCUCUGUGCUCCAUCGCAUCAGCCAGAAUGCUGACACCAACAGGAUGGACGCCAACAACCUUGCCAUCUGCAUAGGCCCAAACAUGCUGAGCCCGGGGACGGGCAGCACGCUGCCACUGGAGGUGCAGAAGGAGAUGAAUGACAAGGUGACGGUGUUGGUGGAGUUCCUUAUAGAACACAGCUCAGAAAUAUUUGGUGAGGACAUCCUAUGGCCUGUCAGCACCUUGGCUGGGGAGUCAACAGAGCACAUAGACAGCUCUACAGAACACCUAUGUGCUACUCAUCAGAAUGACUCUGCCUACGACAGCCCAGAUCCUGAAGCUGAAUGCUGUACUUCUGAACUAGAGAAGCCCAAAGGAAGAAGCACCGGUUUGAGCAGAAGAUAUCCGACAUGUGUUUCUGCCACAUCACUGACUAACUGCAAAAAUGACACCAACGUGAUGGACAGGAGGUACUCAGAGCCAGACCUAUCCUUCCAGGACCGUUUUGAAAGCAGAAUAAGGAAACAGAAGCUAAACAAAAGUGAGGACAGUUUUCCAGUUCAGCAGAAGCAGCUAAGUCUGGAGAAUGAGAUGCUGGACAAACGGCUUGCAAUCUUAUCUUCACAAUUAUCGAGUGACUCUCUAUCCAAAACAUCCUCCAGUUGCUCAUUAGAGAGCUCUGAUGGCUCAGUCUUUACCAGCUCACCAUUAGUUUCACCCUCUAGUCCCAAAAAAACCUUCUUAAAUAGGCCCCAGUCCUUUUGCAACAAGCCUCAUGAAGACUGCAGCACAACUAAGAGAGAGAUCAAAAAGCAUUCUAUGUCAUUUUCUUUUGCAAACCAGCGGAAAACACUAACGAAACACCAGAGUUGGGGGCCUGGAAAAUACAUGGGUUUCCAGAAGGACAGUUUCACAAAGAAAGACGAUCAGUUCUCCUGCAGAAUUGUGCAGGAAAACAGCCCCGAGGAUAUCAAACCACUGCAUAUGCCAUAUCAGCGAAGGUCACGUUUCAGGUCAGCUGAUGAAGUGUUCAGAGAGGUAGACCAGAGGAAUCCUGGAAGACCACCCUCUUACGAAGAAGCUACUAAGAACUGUGUGGCCACCCAUUGUUGCAAUCUCACAGUUCAGACUAUGAGAUUAAAGGUGUCAAACCAGGACGCUUUGCCAUCUGAUCCUUGUACCAGCCUUGCACAGGGCACAGCCGGUACAGCUUCAAAGGACCUGCCCAAUGACAGGCUUUCUGCAGUGAAUGAUUCUGCUGCAGAAACUGAAACUCUCAGUGUUACUGUUGGAAUAAACUCCCGCGUGAGUUUACCUGUAACCCCUGGCGUGUACAGAUUGAGAGCCAUGUCUGAAUCCUGCCACAAGAACAAACAUGAGUAUGUGGCACGGCGCUGCAGCCAGCCCAUUUUUGAGGCAGAGCAGAUACAAUAUGCUAAGGAAUCCUAUGUUUAAGAACUUCUUUCUCCUCUUCACAUUGUACAAAGUAAAUGUUGUAAAAAAUAGAUAUCUUGCUUGUGUUUUGUAAGAUAUUAGUUACAAGGGACCCAGAAUAAGCUAGCUUCAUAUCAACAUUUUUUUUCUUGGUGGCUCUUCUGAAGUGUUGGUCACUUUGCCAUGUCACGUUCUUCCACUAAAAGAGGUGUGUGUUGGUGGGGGGAAAAUAUGUAAAAUAUAUGAGUGAAUAUGAUGCUCAUAACGUGUCGUGUGGGAAAACUAGUCAGUAGCUGAUAAACAGUGUUGUAUGUGUAUCCCUAAAAGGACAAUUAAAAGGUAGGCAGGUCCAAGUACCUGUCCCACUUUCCUCUUCCUUUCUGUAUAGUCAGAGACUCUAUGCCAUUUGCCACGUGUGCAUCAGGCCGAUACAAUGCCUUGCUGAUAUUCUGCAUUAAGAAGAGGGUUGGCAGUUACCCCAACAGGAGAACAGCUAUUCUGUCAUCUAGGCCAUUUCUGCACUCUUUCAUCCAGCCCCUUGAACCUGCUGCCAUUCCUUCCUCCUGCUUGCUGGCCGUGAGAACAUUCUGACCGCGAGUCAGCAUUAGUAUUGUGUACUAAGACUGGGUUUACAGCCACUGAAGCCCUGCAGGGUCAUUAUGGGAAUGUAUCAAGUGAAUGUCAAGUGGCCUGAGAUGCUCUUAGUCUAAGUAAACUGGACAGACUAAACAGACAGAAAGAUCGCCUUCAGCUUUGCUCUCAUGAGAAAUAAUAAUAAAAAGAAAUCCCAUGAGGGAACGCUCCAGAUUCAAGCUUUAAUUAGUUAAAAAUGCAGAUCAUUUGUAACAUUUAAAGAGAGGAAAAGAACAUAUCCAGGUGUUGGCCUUAUAACCCUGUAAAGACAACAGGAAGUGCAAUGUGUUUUACAUGUAGGAACUUAUUUAGGUAAGCUCUCACCUUUCCUUUUAUGGCUCAGGAGCCGGCAGAGUUUUGGUUUUCUCCUGUGUAAAUUCACUACAAUAAAACAUUUUCUGUAUGACUGCCA